GUGCAAGUUCUUCAGUCUGACGGAGACGCCGGAGGAUUACACCAUCAUUGUUGAUGAGGAGGGGUUCCUAGAGCUGCCCUCCUCGGAGCACCUGAGCGUGGCAGAUGCCACCUGGCUGGCCCUGAACGUGGUGUCCGGUGGCGGCAGCUUCUCCAGUUCCCAGCCCAUCGGUGUGACGAAGAUCGCCAAGUCGGUCAUCGCGCCGCUGGCUGACCAGAACAUCUCAGUGUUCAUGCUGUCGACCUACCAGACCGACUUCAUCCUGGUACGUGAGCGGGACCUGCCCUUCGUCACCCACACCUUGUCGUCAGAGUUCACCAUCCUGCGGGUCGUCAAUGGCGAGACGGUGGCAGCUGAGAACCUCGGUAUCACCAACGGCUUCGUGAAGCCCAAGAUGGUCCAGAGGCCGGUCAUCCAUCCGCUGUCCAGCCCGAGCAACAGGUUCUGUGUCACCAGCUUGGACCCUGACACGCUGCCCACUGUUGCCACACUCCUCAUGGACGUCAUGUUCUACUCCAACGGAGUGAAGGACCCCAUGGCUGCCAGCGAUGACUGUGGCCACAUCCGCUUCUUCUCCUUCUCCCUCAUCGAGGGCUACAUCUCCCUGGUGAUGGAUGUGCAGACCCAGCAGAGGUUUCCUAGUAAUUUGCUGUUCACAAGUGCAUCCGGAGAGCUCUGGAAGAUGGUGCGGAUUGGAGGACAGCCGCUGGGAUUUGAUGAGUGCGGCAUCGUGGCACAGAUCUCCGAGCCCCUGGCUGCUGCAGACAUCCCCGCCUACUACAUCAGCACCUUCAAGUUCGACCACGCACUGGUACCGGAGGAGAAUAUCGGCGGGGUGAUCAGCGCCCUGCAGGUCAGUCAAGCGGAGAAGCAUUAGACGGCCUCGUCUGCUCCGCCUUGCCUUGGCCCAGCCCCACCCCGAAGAUUGUUCUCGCAGUAUUUCUCCACAGACUGGAAAAUCGGCCCAGGGACCCCAAGGAAUGGCCCCUGGGAGACUGUCCCCUCCCCGAUUGCCAUCCCCUCCGGGCCUGGGAUCCCAGCCAAGGCCUCCCCAUGCCCUCCUGCCUUCCCAGAGCCCCAGGCCCCUUGAGAACGAACUGCCUCCUUCCCCCAUCCCCACCCCAGAAAAUGGUUUCUGAGGCCCAGGGAGCCUGUGAGCUGACCCGCCUUCUCAUCCGGCCUGACCCUCGGCCAGGGGCAGGUGCCAAAGGAAGCAGGCUGCUCUGCCGAGGCGCCGGCGUGCCACUCCUCGUGUCAUCUGGGGGUGCUGGCAGAGCGGGGCUGAGUCGGUGGAGCCCAGGAAGGCCCCCAUGAGGGUGGGGGGCAGCAUACCGUGGUCGCUGGUCUCUGGUUCCAUCAGCUCAGGGCUGGUUCCCCAGAGUGGAGGCCAGUGUGCUGCCCUGGGGCCUGGUGGCUGCAAAGGCUCAGACUGAACACUGUGGGCCGAGCUGGAGAGAGCCCAGCACCUUGCCUGCCAGCCUCAGGGCCAGCACCCCGACCCCCAGCAAGACUGCCAAGCAGGGCCCCGUCCAGACCCUCCCCUCCACAAGCACUCACUUCUUCAGGGAGGGGGUCCCAGGAGACCCACCAGCCUGGAGCACCAGCUCCCGACCCCUCUGCUUUCCCUGGACCGUAUCUGGGCAGGCGGAGCCUGGGUCUCCCCCAGCAGGGGUGUCCCCAGCAUUCUGGGCCUGGGGUUUCUUAGGUCACCCCACCUCCCCAACAGUUGACUAGACCAGCAUAGGACCCCCUAAAAAACUCAUCCUGCCCUUCCUCCCCUGCCUGCACUCGCCCGCCACCACCCCUUCAGUCUGGGGCCUGGCGUUCAUGAGUGCUUGGCCUGGGAAGCAGCUUAACUGAGCCUUAAUAGAAAAAUCGUACCUUGUUUUAGUUUUUAUUUAAUGUAUUUGCGCCCAGGCUGCUGUUGGCCAUGGUUUCUGUUUUUAGGGGCUGGAGUCUGUCUGAGUUCUUUCAGGGGCCGCCGGGGGCUCAUUGUCACUUGGCUGGCGCUUGUAGUCCAGGGACAGGCGUGAGAGUCAGGGCUGUCAUGGGCCUCGGGCCUCUGAGUGGGAAGCAAGGAGCAGGGGUCUGUUCCACACAGGCCUCUUGCCAGCCAUGCUUCUGUUGGAGCCUCAGAGGGGUGAGGACACCAAGAGCCAUGGGGGCGUGGCCAGCAGGUGGCCAGCGAGGUGGCCUGUCCAUGGGGAGCAGGCUAGCCCAGUGCCCCUGCAGCUGGGUGUGCUCUGCGUGAGCAGGACAGGAAGGGCCCCUUGCUCACCUGUGCCACUUUUCCCUGGCAGCAGCUGGGUUGUGCAGUCUCUGAGGUCAGAGAAGGGGUGUUUCCUUGUCCUGAUGCAGGGCCAGUGUGAGCUCAUGCCAGGGGGACCCUCGGAGCCCAGGAAGCCUACCAGGUGGAGGAGCUGUCAUAACCCUCGCGGGUGCUCGGGGCCCACCACACUAAUUAGAAACCCACUGGUUUGGUUUGGUUUGGUUUGUUAAUUCAUUUUGCACAAAACUCCAACCAAAACUUAUCAAUUGUCUGCUGGUCCCAGAAGGGAGGUAGUUGCGUGGGCAGGGCAGUGGAAGCCCUGUGUCCCCUUCUGUCCUUGGAAGGCCUUGAUUUCCUUCCUCAGUUUCCCCACUGUCACUCCUCUGCCCUCCCUCCCUGCCGUGCAAGUGUGUGGGCCCCGUGCCCCGAGUAGUUUGCCCCAGACUCUCUAGGCCGUACCUGUUGUACACACAUAUAAAUACCUGUGUUUUA